CAAAAGUGUAUUUCUUAAUAGCACAAGUGCUAUUACAGUCUAUCUGACCAUGAGUGGUAUUACCACCUCAUAGCUUCUCUAUUGAACGUUAUUCAGUAGACCUUGUUUGCCUAUCCAACAAGUAAAUCAACAGCCUUCAUUUUCCUUUUAUUAACUUUUCUCAACGCGCAUUCAUUCUAUCUCACCUCUUCUAGAAUCUUAGAUAUUAUGGCAUAUUUUAGGCACGACGCUAAGGAGAAAGCAAAGCAAUUCAUCCCAUUUCUUGACGGAGAGUUGAUGAUGAAUACCUCUUUGCCUAUUUGCUCGGCAGCGGUGUUCAAAAAGCCACAACUCCGCAAAUGUCCUUUUGACUUAACAGCUAUUGACUUGAAACGUUCGCGCUUACUUGAUGGCGGGUUCGAUGGGUUUGUAUGGAAGAUUCGACUUCAAAAUAAAGCUUAUGCUCUAAAGGUGUUUUGGGAUGCGGCGCCGCCUGAAUAUGAGUAUCAUUUCGCAGCUCAGCGAGAGUGCCAGAACGCCGCCUUACUUCAAAUGAUGAAGGCUGCGAUAAAUGAGGCUACAACAAGCUCUCCGAUUUUAAUAGACCCUAAUCCGAAGACUAUGAAGGAUGCCCUAAUCAAUACCUUGGCCUUCUCUUAUGAAGGCCGCCAGUCUCAAUUCAGAAAGGAUACUAGAACCAUGAAGAUAUCUUCGAUGCCGCGUAUGCGGCAAUGAUACGGAUGGGUAAAAUUUGACGGCCAUAUGUUCCUCGACUGGCCUAUGAGACUCCGACCACCAACCUUUUGCAUCGAUAAAAUCAAACGAGGCUUUUCCGCUAACAAGGAAUACAUUGGGAUUAUUUACGAAUAUGUGGAGGAGAGCGAAAAUGAUCCAGCUGUUGUAGAAGAGGUGGCCGAUUUCCUCUGGCGUGCUGGUUUCGGUUUUACGUGGUCAUCUGCUGCAAAUAUCUAUAUCUCCUAUUCAGCCCUAGCGACUUCAUUCCUCUCACUGAAGCGAGAAACUGGAAGGAUGGCGUCUUAAUCGACCUUUCCGAUAUCAUCCAUGCCAGUGGUUAUGGAUGGCGGCCAAAUCUCUUUGGGCCAAGGAAGGCAGAGGGAAUACUCAAACCGUGAAGCCGAUUCCUUUAAGCCCCGGGUAGAUCAGGAUGCCGUUAGUACUCCGUCUUUGGGACAGGCGAGCGUGAUAUAUUCGUCGAUGGUGUUUUCUACCUGCUGCCUCGGAAACAAAUCCGGAUAGCACGUCGCUGGUGCUGAUUAUGGUCCUGACGGAUAGAUUUAGACUGCUGUCGACUUGUCUAGGUUGUCUUGACUGCAUGGUUCUUUUUAAUGUGAAUUUUUAUCUUAUGCUGGUUAUAGGUACCUAAUCUAAUAUUGUUGCCAUAAAACAAA